AUGGGCGACAAGCUAGUGUGCUGUGGGGAGGAAGGGCCGACUCGUUCAUACAGGGGAUCUAUAAAAAUACCACUGUCAGAAGAACCUAUCACUGUAUCAGUGGGUUCCGACAGCUGCUGCUCAGCCACGUCGACGAUAUCCAGUGCUCGACCAAAAUCUACUGGCCUUCUAGAUGAUUGCGAUAUGGAGCCACGCAGUACUCACGGUAUUCGAGCUCCGAGAAGCCUUGAUUGCACUGAUGGUGGCCAUAUCAGCAAAUCUCGUCGCCUGGACAGAUUCCGGGUCUCCAGAGAGCCUCGGCGGUUGCGGGAAUCCGCUUCUGAGCAGCUAAAGUCCGACAUAUUUCAAUGUAUAAACGAACGCCCUACAGAUCCAAAUAUUGGGAUCACUGCGCCUCGGCAGGAUGAGGGAUUACAGCUAGCUCAAGGCGCUGCUAGACGUCCAGAAUCGCAAAGAUCACAUUCAAUGCCCAUUGCUGUGCACAGUCAGAAUGCUGGUGGAAUUCAGAAUGUUUCUCACGCCACGAAAAAGCAAGAGCAAGUGCAGGCAUCAUGGCACACGAGAAAUGAAGAAAUAAUAAAUCAAAAUGUGGAGAUGGUGGGUGGAGGGGCAGACACCCAGGAAGAAAAGCCUCAUGAAAUGUUUAGGCAGCCGGACACGCACGCCAUUACCGAGGAGCAACUGAUCAAUGAAGUGCGGGGAAUCUAUACCGGACUUGUUAUGGUGGAAAAGAAGUGCAUCGAAAUCGACAGACAACAAGCACAAUCAAAAGCCGAGCUAUCACAGGCUCAGUGGCAGACACUCGUCUCCCUACACCGAACACUACUCUAUGAACAUCAUGAUUUUUUUCUCGCCUCUCAACAUCCGUCAGCUGGUCCUAUUCUCAAGGAUUUAGCUGAUAAGUAUGCGAUGCCGGCGCGUAUGUGGCGGUAUGGAGUGCAUUCAUUUUUGGAGCUAUUGCGUCAGAAGCUCCCCGGCUCGAUGGAGUAUAUGCUUGACUUUAUCUACCUCUCGUACUCGAUGAUUACAUUGCUGUUAGAAAGCGUGCCAAACACUAAAGAGACUUGGAUUGAGUGUCUGGGUGACUUGGCGCGGUACCGAAUGGCCGUGGAAGAUUUCGACAAAAAGGACCGCGAACUCUGGGCAGGGGUGUCAAGGUAUUGGUACAACCAAGUCGCGGACACAAGCCCGGAAAAAGGCUGUAUCCAGCAUCAUCUUGCUAUUUUAGCUCGAUCGGAUGUUCUUCAGCAAUUUUUUCACUACACGAAAGCAUUGAUCAGCGUGCGUGCAUUCCCUAAUGCUCUCAAUGGCAUGAGUGAGCUAAUCACUUCUCUCAUGGAUGUGCCGAUCCUGAAAAGAAGUUUGAUAACUUGGUUCGUGGCUACUCACGGUGCGCUUUUUAUGCAAGCUCCGGUUGAAGAUUUCGUUUCUCGAGCGAAUAUCUUUCUUGCCACCCUACGUAAGGAGAUUCGUCGGGUAGGCCCACACGGGCAACAAGGUGUGCAACUCAUGUCUUGCAAUAUCGCUGCAAUAUUUCAAUAUGGGAGUAAAUACGCAGCGAUCAAAACGGAUUUUACAUUGAAGCCGCGCAAUCCUACAGCAGAAAACCGCUUAGUGGCAACCAGGUGGGCAUCUAGUGCACCAAUAUACGCAACAUGCAACGAUCUCUCAUCUCAGCUUGCGUUCCGGGCAAGCUCUCUCAUGUUUCACACAUUGAUCAUCAUGCUAGGCCAAAUCGGUGAUCCCAACAUGUACCCGAGUGUGCAUAUCGCUAUGGCAUUUGUGUGGUGCCUCACCCUAAAAUCAGCUGCUAUACAACGACUAGAACCGCUAGUUCCGUGGUCGCAACUUGCAAAUUAUUUAAAUACCUUAUUCCGCCCUGACACGAUCAUUUCCAAGAUCGAAGACGAAUCAUUCCCACUUCUUAACGACUCAACUAUACACCAGCUACCAGAGGACUUUUUGAUCAGAGGACAGGCAUGGAGCCAGCUGUACUACCCACAAAGAUUCUUCGAGGGGGCUCCUACCAAAAACAACAGACCAUCAACAGAAGAACAUUCGACAGUCGCCCGCUGGAUGACGUACGAUCAGACUCGACGGUUCACGCCCACCCAGUUAGCAGAUGAAUUCGCCCCAAUGGCAGAAUCGCCCGCGUGUCUCUAUGGUAAUCAUUAUGCACUAGGAACUGAGACAUCAUCCUCUCCCAAUCAGGAUAUAUAG